AUGCAUUUAUAUUAUAUACUAUCUUUAUUGAUACUAUCAAAUCAAGUAAAUGCAUUAAAUAUUUUAUUAUCUACUUCUGAUUCUUGGGUUUCUAAAAAUGUCAGAUCAUUAUAUCAUUCCCUUACUCAACAAGGUCAUGAAGUUCUUAUAGUUGCACCUUUAUAUACCAAUAGUAAAGCUCUUACUGUUGAAGAUUUUGAAAGUGCUGAAGGUGAACUUGAAGAUGGUGGUGAAUUUAAUCAUCUUUUAGAUAUUCAUCAAAUGUAUUAUAAGAAAUUAUUUGAUAUUAAUAAUAAAUCUCCAAAGGGAGUCAUUUCAAAAAGACAUAUUGAAUUACAAAAGCAAAAAGUAAUUCCAACUCGUCAAUUUGGUCAUGAUCCUUUAAAUAAUCAUAUUUGGUAUAUAAAUUCCAAUCCAUUAUUAACUAUGAAAUUAGCUAUGGAUAUAAUACUUCCAACUUAUUUCCCAGAAUUUCAACUUGAUACUAUAAUCUUUGGUCCUAAUGAAGGUUCUGAUGAACUCUUAAAUUCACAAAUCUUUAGUUAUUUAUAUGAUACAACUGCUGCACUCAAAAUUCCUGUUAUUAGUGCAUCAACUCAAGAUAAACAUCAUAUCUAUUAUCAAGAUGAAAAAUAUUUCAAUAUAAAUGAUGUUUCUCAUCCUUAUAAAAAUAAUGUCUUUACCAAGAACUUAAAAUUUAUAAAUUCAAGAAUUAUAGAUUUAUUAGAUAGCAUUGCUGGCAAUGAACAAUCUAAUUUCCACUACUAUAAUGUUAAUUUCCCAUCAAUAAAUCAUCAUAGUUCAAAAUGUCAAACUACAAAGAAUGAUGGUACUAAUCCAGGAUUUAAAAUUACUCAUUCGUCUUUAAUGAAAUCUUCAGAAAUUAGUUCAUCAAUUCCAGAAUUCAAAUUAACAGAGAGUGAUGUAAUUACUAUCGAUUAUACAAAAAUAAAAAAAUUAGAACGUCGUUCUAUGAAUUUCGGUCAAACUGCUAGUAAAAUUCUUCAUCUGAUCCCAGGCAUUAAAACUGAAGGAGAAUAUGAUUCUCCUGUGGUUAAAGUGUUACAGAAUUGUGAUAUAAAUUUAGAAGUUUAUGAUGUAUAA